UGGAGCGUUGCGUCUCCCUUCAUUGUCGCCGCGGCUUCAAUCUUCACCUACGCAUACACUAUAAGCUCAAUUUCCCCUUCCGUUCUUUUCCCCAUGAUCGAGCUACUGCCUCACCUUCAGUCAACAUUGGGGUUCCUUCCUGUUGUAUUCAAUGAUUAUUUCGAAGCCAGGUCUAAUGCGCGCCGCAUGGAGAUUUUCUUGAGAAGACCUGAGCACAAGACAGUGCUCACUCCUAGCCCAUCAGGCCAAGUUUCAUUUCAUAAUGCGACUAUUUCGUGGCCAUCCGAUGUGUUACAACAGCAUCGCUUUUCUCUGUGUCAUAUUGACGUGACUUUUCCUACUGGUGAGCUCAGCAUAAUAUAUGGAAAGACGGGUUCAGGAAAGAGUCUUUUACUUGCUGCCAUUCUUGGCGAAGUUGACCUCCUGGACGGUUCUAUCAAAGCCCCAUCGAUGGCUGAAGGGCAACCUGUUGCAUUCGUAUCACAAACUCCGUGGCUUCAGAACGCCACGAUCAAAGAUAAUAUUUUGUUUGGAAGCUCAAUGGACGGCAAAAGGUAUGAGGAAGUUUUGACAGCCUGCGCACUAUACCCCGACCUUGCUGCCCUGCCGAAGGGCGAUGAGACCCAGAUUGGCCUCCGAGGUGUCAAGCUUAGUGGAGGCCAACGCGCGAGACUCGCGCUUGCCAGAGCACUAUACUCAAGUGCACAGACGUUAAUAUUAGAUGACAUAUUUGCUGCUCUUGAUGCUCAUGUCUCCAGGGAUAUCUUCAAUGCACUCACCGGUGCCUUUUGCAGAGGCCGCACGCGGAUCCUCGUAACUCACCAGGUAUCUUUGUGCUUGCCAAAAGCAAAAUGUAUUAUCCAUGUAGAAGAUAAUACUGCCAAGUACGCAGAUGACACUGAAUUUGUUGAGGAGAAGCGGAGUGCAGUCGAAGCUGAAAACGUCAUCACAGCUGAACUGCCCGGACAAGAGAAACCGAAAGAACGUACAACCACGCGGGUGAAAAGCAAAGGUCUUGACGCGCGUACAGACGCAAAGGUGUAUAAUACAUACUUCACCGUAGCAGGUGGACUGUGGUUCACCAUAGUAUAUCUUUUGGGCCUCGUCAUCAAACAACUCCUCGGCUCCUUAACGACGAGGACUUUAGGUCGCAUUGAUUCGGCGCGUCCCAAGCCCCUCAGCCCAGAGGCAAAUGUCUCAUCAGUUGCUCCAGAACCGGAGGGCGGGUGGGAGCAGUAUCUCUAUCUUUAUCUGCUGACUUCCAUGUCGACUGUCUUUUUGGAAUUUCUAUUCAACCUGCAUGCCUUUUCCGGGUCCUUACGUGCCUCUCGAUCACUGUUCCGCGCGGCUACGUUUAGAGUCCUCCGGAUGCCCCUGCACUGGCUCGAUAGCACACCUAUUGGAGAGAUACUCAGGCGACUCACUGUCGAUGCCAAAAAUGUCGAUGAUCAUGUCUUGGUCACCAUGUCUGAAUUUGCGGACAACUUUGUCCAGAUGAUAUUGAUUGUGUAUAUGGGGUUGAAUACGUCCAAGUAUAUGAGUCUGUUGACAGUGACCCUCCUCUACUGGUGUGCAGAAGUUAGCAAGCUCUAUAUAAGGGCACGAACGACGGUCAAGCGAGCCGACUCGGGACCAACUGCUGCUAUUCUUGAACACUUUACGUCUUCUGCAGCAGGAGUCAUGACGAUUCGAGCCUUUGGUGCAACAGAUUGGUUAGCUGCACAUAUGCAUGGGCAUAUUGACAGGCUGUCUACGGCUAGAAGACACUUCUUCAUAUUUAACCGCUGGCUGAGUCUCCAGAUGUCUCUUAUCGGCGUCAUUUUCAGCAUCGGAACGGGUAUCAUUCUAUUGUCGACUUCUGCGGCCGACGCAUUUUUGAUCGGGUACUGCCUCAGCUAUUCCAUGCAGUUCUCACAGGCUAUGUUCAAGGCCAUCAAUAAUUUUGGGAUGCUCGAAACCUAUAUGAACUCAGCCGGAAACAUUAUAGCGUACACCGAGUUGGAGCCAGAAAAGCAAGGUGGUCGAGAAGCCCCUAACAACUGGCCAUCGCAGGGAAAUAUUGAGGUCAAGUCACUUGCCGUUUCCUAUGCACCUGGACUCCCUCUUGUUCUGGAAGAUGUGUCGUUCAGUGUGAAGGGUCGUGAAAGAGUUGGCAUCGUAGGCCGUACGGGAGCCGGGAAAUCAUCACUAACGCUAGCCCUGUUGCGUCUCGUUGAACCUCGGGCUGGUUCAAUAGUUGUUGACGGCAUUGACAUGCGCACCCUGGCACUCCAGACCCUCCGAUCACGAAUCGCAUUCAUUCCUCAAGACCCCGUGCUAUUCUCCGGAACGGUGCGAUCUAACCUAGAUUAUAGCCAUCAAAUCUCAGAAGAAAGACUCAAUGACGCCUUACGGCGCGUGAAACUUCUCAAGGAGAACCCGGAAGAUGAAGACUCUGGCCUCUUCACACUUGACUCACGCAUAAGCGCUGGAGGGGCAAACAUGUCCCAAGGACAACGACAACUUCUGUGCCUCGCACGAAUCUUAAUCAAUGAUCCCAAGAUCAUCAUCCUCGAUGAGGCUACGUCAGCGGUAGAUGAUGAGACGGACCGGUGGAUCCAGGAUACGAUUAGGAGUCAAUUCAGCGGGACAUUGAUUGUGGUUGCGCAUCGAUUGAGGACAAUAUGUUCAUUUGACAAGGUAAUUGCUAUGAGUGAAGGGAGAAUUGCCGAGAUGGGGUCACCGGCAGAGCUUUUGAGGAAGGAGGGGUUGUUCUAUCGUCUCGUUCAAAGUAGUGAGGAUCGGGAGUACUUGAUGGAGACGAUUGGAUGA